GUUUUGGGGUUUGGUUUGAAGCAGAGAUGGCUGAGGAUGAGGAAGGCCAAGGGGACAUUACUGAGGUUACUUACAAGAUUGAGGUUCCAGCCAACAGAUACGACUUGCUUUGUAUUGAAGGGAUCGGAAGAGCUCUCCUUGUUUUCUUGGAAAGGUUGAAGGCUCCACGGUAUAAGUCUGUGGCACCCACAUCUGGUGCCAGACAGCAGCUUAAGAUUCUGCCAGCCACUGGUCAAGUACGUCCAUUUGCCGUGGCCGCUGUACUGAGAAAUAUUAAAUUUACCGAGGAUAGGUACAAAAGCUUCAUAGACCUUCAAGAUAAACUGCAUCAAAAUAUAUGCAGGGUGAGAAAAUUGGUUGCCAUAGGAACGCACGACCUUGACACCAUACAAGGACCAUUCAUAUAUGAUGCUAAACCACCAGCAGAUAUCAAGUUCAAGGCAUUGAAUCAAACACAAGAAAUGACAGCUGUAGAACUGAUGAAACUUUACUCCGGUGACAGUCAUCUUAAGGCGUAUUUACCUAUCAUCCAAGAUAAACCAGUCUACCCGGUAAUCUAUGAUAAAAAUGGAGUUGUUUUGUCCAUGCCUCCUAUCAUUAAUGGUGAGCAUACAAAGAUCACCCUAGAGACCAAGAAUGUGUUUAUAGAAUGCACGGCAACAGAUCUGACGAAGGCUAAGAUAGUGCUGGACACCAUCGUUACCAUGUUCGGACAAUAUUGUGAGGAACCUUUUGUGAUAGAGCAAGCCGAAGUCAUACAGCCAGACGGUACUACAGUUGUUUAUCCUGAACUUGCCUACAGACAUGAAGUGGUAAAUGUUGAGGAAAUCAACAAAAAAGUGGGCAUAAAUAUAGAAGGAGAUAAGAUGGCUAGACUGUUAACUAAGAUGUACUUGGAAUCGGAGGUGAUCGACGGGGGUAAAAAUAUACGAGUAGAAGUACCACCUACUAGAGCUGAUAUCCUUUUGUUUAUAAAUUUGUCAGAUCUUCCUCGAUCCGAGUU